GGAGCUUGCACUGAUCCAAGAAGCAAACAUAGGAGAUGGACAGAAUUUGCGUAAUGAUAACAUAUAUGGUGGUAGAGUGGAGACUGAGGAAGGUGUGCAAAGAAAGAAUGGAAAUGGUGUUCCAAAGGCACAAAAAACAGUACAAAGAGGACGAAAAAAGAAGCCGAAAAGGCUAACAAAAACAGUGGAAAGUGGGAGAGGAAAUAAAGAAAUUGCUGAGCAAGGAACUUCUAAAAAAAGAAAGAAAGGUGCAAAAGAAAAGGACAGUGAUGAAGAUAGUGAUUAUAAGGGAGAGGAAACUGAGGACAACAUGGAUGACAGUGAUGUUGAAGCAGGAGGGAAUAAAAUGAUCAGAGCAAUGAGGAAGCAAAUGUCAAGAACUGCAAAAGUAAUGAACGAUGUGAAAGAAAUGAAGAAAGUUCAGAAGAAGCAAGCAGUGAUGUUAGCUAAAAUCUUUCGGAUUGUGAAUGAUCUGUCAGCAUAUGUAGUGAAUAAGCAAGAAGGAGG